ACCUUCUCCUUCUAUAUUCUCUGGACCCGCAACCUGUUAAGCCGCAAAGCUUUCCUUCCUUUCUUCCACUUUCUUCCUCCUUCGAGAGCUCCUCUACCCUAACAGCGCCGCCAUGGAGAAACCUGGAUCUGAUCCAAUUGAAGGCAUCAAAAGAUUAAGAAAGAAGAGGAAGAAAGGUGGAUCCGGUGACCCUACCUGUCUGCCUCUGGUGACACGCUGUCUUCUCGAAGGUCAGCACCUACACAUAUCUGCACAAGUAGAAAAAUCAGGACAUAUCAUGGUGCCUAAAAUUUCAGAAGAACCAUCAAAGCAAAUACAAAGCCAUAUGAAUGCAGUGAACCAAUUUACUCAGUUUCACAAGAAGGGUCAAUAUAUUGCACAUGAGGAUGCUGAGCAAGUAUGGUGGGAUAUUGGAGCAAAUAAUCGUGGGCAGAAUGAAGAGGGUCAAUAUCUUGCACAAAAGCAUGCUGAUAAAGAGGAUCAACAUAUCAGAGCAAUUAGCAACUUUCAGAAUAAAGAGGGAUUGAGUCAACUUCAUCACGGGGGAAACAACAAUGAGAUACUGCAUGAGCAAGCAUCAUAUGGGCAUCAAUCUUACACAACCCUAAUGCAGCAAAUGACUCUCAUGAGUCAUCUUCAGAGUGAUGGGAUUGCCUAUACAGAGUUUCACUUCACUUCUCCAAGAAGGCAUGGUAUCAGAGAUGCAGGCAUUACGUACAGAAGAUCACUAUCACAGAGCAGAAACUCAUGAUGGAAAACUUAACAGCAGUAGAGAGCAUUGGGAAAAUAAUUCAAUACCUGAAAUGCAAGCUUCUGAUAUAGAUUAUGAUCAAGAAGAGUGGGCUGCCGCUGAUGUAGGAACUGAUCAAUCAGAGACUGAUGGCAAUGAAACAGUGGCUGAGGAGCAAUACCUGCAUGACAUUGAAACUGAUGAUCGUAACCAAACUGACAAAGAAGAACUGAAUUUGCAAAUCAAUGGAAGUGAUGAUAAUCACAGCAGAGA